GGCGUUGCCAGCCGGGAGGAGAAAGUUGGAGACGGUCGCCGUGAGCUGUGUCUGGUGCGCACCAGCAUCCCGAGGCCCCGGAGGCGGAGCGCUCAGCCAGCUGCUCAGCGGCAGGAGGGGCUGGUUUGCAUCCAGUGUCCUUACGUCCCGGCUCUGGGAUAUGAGGUGCCCAUCAUAAGCUCCAGAGAGUCGCCUUCCCCGGAGCCCAGCAGAGAAGUGGGGGAAACAUGAAGUCCAACCCUGCCAUCCAAGCUGCCAUCGACCUCACUGCAGGGGCCGCAGGGGGCACAGCAUGCGUGCUGACCGGGCAGCCCUUCGACACGAUGAAAGUGAAGAUGCAGACAUUCCCCGAUCUGUACCGUGGGCUCACUGACUGCUGCCUGAAGACCUACUCCCAGGUGGGCUUCCGAGGCUUCUACAAGGGUACCAGCCCGGCGCUGAUCGCCAAUAUUGCCGAGAACUCUGUCCUCUUCAUGUGCUACGGCUUCUGCCAGCAGGUGGUGCGGAAAGUGGUUGGAUUGGACAAGCAGGCCAAACUGAGUGAUCUGCAGAAUGCUGCUGCUGGGUCCUUUGCCUCUGCGUUCGCUGCGCUGGUGCUCUGCCCCACCGAGCUGGUCAAGUGCCGGCUGCAGACCAUGUAUGAGAUGGAGGCCUCAGGAAAGAUAGCCAAAAGCCACAAUACAGUUUGGUCUGUCGUGAGGAGUAUCCUUAGCAAAGAUGGCCCCUUGGGCUUCUACCAUGGACUGUCAAGCACUUUACUUCGAGAAGUUCCAGGCUAUUUCUUCUUCUUUGGUGGAUAUGAACUGAGCCGAUCAUUUUUUGCAUCAGGCAGACCAAAAGAUGAACUAGGUCCUGUCCCUUUGAUGUUAAGUGGUGGAGUUGGUGGAAUCUGCCUCUGGCUUGCCGUGUACCCAGUGGAUUGUAUCAAAUCCAGAAUUCAAGUUCUUUCCAUGUCUGGAAAACAGGCAGGAUUUGUUGGAACCUUUAUAAGUGUUCUGAGAAGUGAAGGAAUAACGGCCUUAUAUUCUGGACUGAAACCUACUAUGAUUCGAGCAUUCCCUGCCAAUGGGGCGCUGUUUUUGGCCUAUGAAUACAGCAGAAAGUUGAUGAUGAACCAGUUCGAAGCAUAUUGAAGUGUUCUGGAGAACCUGGAUCCAAACAGGCAUCUGAGGACUAUAGUUCAUCUCAGGGUCUCACGGAGUAGAAGACCAAUGUGGAAUUAUUUUGAUUUCAUGGGAAUUUUUGUUUUCCUUUCUUCUAUCCUAAAUCUUAAACUUUAUGGAAGGACCUC